AUGCGGCAGCAUGAUGCUUUCUCCUCGCGCCUUCAAAGGAUACUCGACAUUCUGCGACCGCAUAUACGCAAGCCGGACAAUGAAAGGACGAAGGAAAAGACCGCUUCCUCGGGGACGACAGCAAUAGAACUAGGCUUCUCCAAACUGGCUUUGCAGGAUACCACCGAGGACGACGAGGAGUCUAAUGAUCAGCCCGUGAUCGUAGACGACUUGCCUUCUGUUCCAGCAGUAGAGAUUAGUUUUGACGACGCGAAUGUAGAGGAAGACUUCUUUCUUGAAAUCAAAGGUUUCUUGAAAGAAAUGCAAUCGAUUCGGAAAUAUGUCUUAGAGCGAUGGACAAGAAAGUCUGAUUUGAUGACCAAAGCGUUCGUCACGAAUACCGCGAUCGCAAUCGUGCGACAGAAAGAAUACGAGUUCGACCAAAGUCUAUCACGUCCGCCUCAGUACCCCGCGGAGUUAUUUCCCGUCUGGUGCCUACCGGCUUUGCUCCUUUUUAGGGAGCUUUAUCCAGAGAAACUUGGGGAUGAGAGCGACCUCGACGAAUUCAUCCUGCCUUCUGAUCUAGUGGGGACCUCCGGUGCAAAAUCUUUACUUUGCUUUUACCCUGUGUACAAUGGCCUGAAAUUGCUCCUCGACACCAUUCAGUUGGCUCCUAAAUCGCAACACCCAGGGGCGGUUUUGGUGCACAAUCUCAGUGAGGAACACAAACAUCGAGACAUGCACCCUCACGUUCUUGGUGCGCGGGAUAUGGCUUCAGUGCUUUACGUUUUCCGCAAAAUUCCGAUGUUGUUACAUAACAUCCCGGAGGAUGAGUUAACCCGCGGCGUUCGAUGCAUGGAUAAGGAACGGGCAAUACCAUUUUGGCUCACCUUUGCUAUGCAGAUCCAACUCGAAAUUAAUGAUCUUCCCAAGGAAUCUUUGGGGGACCCGCUCGAGGAUUUACGACAAGAAGUGACAAAGGCAUCCACACUGAUCCAAGAAAUCAAGACGCAUCCUAAUAGUCUUGUCGACGUCCAUAGAGGCAAAGACUUUGAUUCGCUUGAGACGCUCGUGUUACACCUCAAAGAGAGUUUCUUCAAUGACGGAGUCGCCCUGUUUCUACAAGGAGUCGUGAAGAGCUUCAUAACCAGUCCGAAUGACCGUAGCAUAAGAAUACCGACACAACUGGAUCCGCUUUGUCCGGGCAUCUCCUUCGUCAAGGAAAAGAACCUUUUCCUGCGCAGCCACCGCCUGAGAUGUGGCGUUUACAUGUAUGUUAUGAGAUCGUUGGUGCGCAAAUUCCCAAUUUCACACGACGCCAAUCAUAGUCAUGUUCUGAGCGUCGCUCACCUGUACAACAUAUGCUGCAAGCUGUUCCCUGAUGCUCCGCGCUUCCCCGAUCUGGAGUUCUUCAUGCAACGCCAGGAUCUGGAACGACUCUUCUAUGGGAAGAUACCGCAGGACAUUAUGGAGGCUCAAAGACGGCUUGAACUUCUCCAGUACGGUGUAACUGAUGCGAUCAAUGGCCACUCAUACCGUACGAUCAGCACGAUCGGAAAACGUCUCCUGAGAAGCAGAGUUCUCCAGAGUCCUUCCCACUUAGAUUCCGUGUUAGAAGAUCAGUUUGAUAUGCGCGAGGUUCCGUUAACGCUACAGAAAGUCGAUGAGUCGACCCGUCGCUUGUUAAAUAGUUUCGGCGACAAAAAACAAGAACAUGAGCGAAUACGACUGUUCAAUUGGCCAGCUGACGCACUCUCGCCCGAAGGAUGGACGUACCAUAGGCUCUUUUUCCACAAAUUCGACAAAAUCUGGGACCCUGUCCCAAUCUUGCGGUCCGUUAUGCUAUGGCUCGAGGCGGACGCCAUUAAUCUCAACUUCUGCACACCAAAGCUCGUCCUCCUCUGCAGCGACAUCCUCCGGGACAUCCUGGACAUGUUUCGUAGCGACCCUGUUUUCGAGAAUGACUUCCUGAAAGAACAGAAUAAGCCCACUCUCUCUCUGACUAUCGUUCUCCGAAUCCUGACCCUUGCCGCCAACGAAAUUAAACUACGCAAGCGCCAGCCAAGUCUCCCAGCGAAGAGAAUGGACCAGCUACGUGAGGUCUUCAACAUCAUGCAGAAGCACUACAUGCGUCCGAUGGAAACUACACCAGGCGAAAAGACAUGGGCGGGCGACGUCUGCAUUGCGGAUCUAGUGAACACGGAAGAGGAACCCCAGAUCGGCGAAUAUUGGAGUGCAGCGAAUUUCUUCAGUGGCCGCGACAUAUUUGCACACGGUGGGGGUCGCAUUGACCCAAAUAAUCUGGGACCUGCUGCUGCUGAGAAUUUGUACAAGAAUUGGGACUUUGGCGAGAGUAAAGAGGAGAGCAGGAUGUUCAACGCCCUCUCUAGGUUUCAUGCUGGGUGGGGUUCGAAGGCAAUCGUGAGAAGAGCUAUGGAGGGGCGUUACUGA